AUGGGGAGUGGCGGCGGCGGACGCGGGGCGGGCAGCGCCUGGUCGGGGGCCCCGAAUCGCCAGAGAGUGCCCCCGUGGAAGAGGAGCAGCAGUGGCAGUCGCCCUCCUCGCAGCAGCUACGUGGUGUGUGACGGGCGCAGCAGAUGGCGCUACUGCAAGAAUAUCACCAGCAGGGGCGACCUCUGCAUCUGCGGCAAGAAUCUCGCCUGCCUCGUCCCUGACGGACACGUUUUCCGCGACGAGGAUGGUGGGUGGGUGGCAGCACAGCCCCAAGGAGGAACCUCGCCCAGGAUCAGCUGGGCAGAUGGUUGGCAGCCAGGAGGUGGCGCAGGCGGGAAAGGGCAAGGAGGCCAACGCCAGCCACCACCUCAUGACAAGACCGCAGAUCUCAAGGCCGCAGCCGCAGCAGCAUACGGCAAGCUCAGCAAGGACGACCCGCUCAGGCAGCACUACGAGGCCCUCUGGCCAGAGCUCGCCGCAGCCAAGCCACCAGCAGAUCAACCAGUCGUCGGAUUCAAGGCAGUGGAAGCAGCAGCUCGACGCUUGGGCAAACUCCAGAAGAAGGUACGAUCGGCAGGGGAGCAAGUGGAGAGUGCCCAGCAGUACUUGGCUGAGAGUGAACGCAAGCUUCGUGAAGCUAUGGAAGCCUCCAUUGCAGCAGAAGAUGAGUUCGACAAGCUCAAGGCCACAGUCGGCAAGCAAGAGGCACCAGCCGAACCCGCAGCCGAGAAGCCAACGCUGGCAGCCCUCCUGGAGCAGUUCGAGCACGAGCCUGACGACUUCCACAAGUGGUCCGAGCCUGACAAGGAGGCCUGGCGAGCUGCAAAGGCCAAGGGCGAGCGCAUGGCCCAGACGGUCAAGGAGCACGAGGAGGAGACGGCGAAGCACCUGCGACUUCUGGAGGAAGAGACGGCCAGGCACCAGGAGCAGCUGCGCCAGCUCGAGCAGGCCCGCACCAAGCGCCUGUCAAAGAGCGGAGAGCAAGACCCAGAAGCAGCAGAAGCCCCACCAGGCAAGCGUGUGCCACCACAGGCGCUGAGGCAGCAGGGUCAGCUGCUGCGGCUGCGCCUAACGGCGCCGCGGCAGCUGCCCAACCAGAAGCAGGUGCAGCAGAACAUGACAAAUCAGAGGAACGCCGAGCUAGAGUGGGGGCCCACAUCCAGGAGGCGCGAGAGAAGGUCUCGCAGGCCAGGCGCGCCGAGACAGUCGUCGACGCAGAAGGGCAAGGUGACCACUCAGCAGGGUAGCCGCCCCAAGGCGAGCGCGAAGAAGGCUCGCCGCCCUUGCCACAUCGACUUCUUCAAUGUCACGACCUGGGCCCCCCAGGCACAGGGGUACCUCAUGGAGAUCAACGACACCAAGGACAGGGGCAUCAUCGGCAUCGCAGAGCACCACCUCCGCCAGCCUGCGCAGAUAGGCAAGGCAAGGGCGGCGCUCAGGAGGAAUGGCAUGCACAGCUACUGGACCAAGGCACGGCCAGGAGAAGGAGAAGGCACUCGAGGUGGAACGUGUGUCAUUACGCGAGGAUCCUUGGACGUCCAGGACAGGAUCGCGGGCUUCGACGAGCACUACCUGCACGAGGACGGCAGCGACGUCACGGUGGUGAUCUCCAACCUGCACAAGGUCCGCUUCGCAGUGGCCUUCGUCCACCUUGAGUGUGGGACGGGCUUUGGAGAGAGGAACGUCGACAUCCUCUGCGACCUGCGGGCAAAUAUGGCCGUCUGGGGAGGCGAAGCCAGGUGCAUCGAUUUCGCGCUGAUCUCGCAGGGCCUGGCGCCGUACUUUGACCAGCUAGAGCUGCUCAGGGCCGUGCCGUGGAAGCCGCACAUAGACAUCCGCUUGAAGCUGAGAUGCGACCAGGAAGAAAACGACAUGGAACCAGUGCCGCAACUGUACUACGACAAGGAGGCCCAGCACGUCAUCCCUGACGAGCUGUGGCAGGCCACCUCCGAGAGGGUCUGCUUGCGUGUCUACGACGAGUUGCCCCAGCACUUGCAGCACACUGUCGUCGGCAAGAUGAUGGAGCGGGACAUGCUGGAUCUGGGGCAACAGUAUGACCACUUCGCUAGCACACUCGAGCUCAGCCUGUGCGAGAGCAUCGGCAUCCCAGAGGAAGAGCGAGGACGUCAUCUCGGGCACAGCAGGCCCCCGAGCUACAAGAGCGUGAGCAUCAAGGACACCGUCACCUCUACGCCAUGGGCAGGGGUUGAAAGGAAGAUCCAUGCGUGGUGGGCGGAGAUCUCCUCCUUGGCGCGGCAGCUCUCGCACCGCGACGCCCGAGCGCAGGAGGCAGCGGCAAGUCGACAGGGCAAGACCCAUGCACUUCCCGAUGAGGACUCGGGGGGAGGACAGGGCCCGUUGGAGUCGGAGCUUGGCCCCGUCAUGUCGGGCAGCCAGGAAGGGCGCAACUCCAUGGACAUCCAAGAUCACGACCCCUUCGAGGAUGAGGAGGAUUACUUGGAGUACCGCCAGGAGAUCGCAGACCAGGAAAACAGCGAUGGGUACCACCAGCACAUCGAGUGGCAGCAGGCCAGCCUCGAGUCCAGCCAGACCGCUCGCCGUCGAGCAGCUGGACCUGACUCCCACCCACCAGCAGGAUGCAGCACCAUGGACGUCCAAGACCACGACCCCUUCGAGGAAGAGGAGGACCGCUUCCAGAACUGCCAGGAGACCGCAGACCAGAAGGACUGCGAUGGGUUCCACCAGCGUAUCGAGGGGCAGCAGGAUGGCAACGGCAACGGCCAGAGUCAGAACCAAGCGCCGCCAAGCCCAGAGGCAGAUGAGCAACGAGAUAUGGGCCUGCCCCCUUCAGACCCCUGGAAUGACGACCAACACCAGCGGGAGCGGGAAGACUACGUGGCCAUGAGAGACGACCUGGAGUGCUGGGCGGCCAUCUGGAUGGACAACUUGGUGCAGCUCCCCACGGACAACAGCAACUGGAUGCAGAUCUGUGUGCCGUUCCUGGAGACCAUCCUGGGAGGCGGAGGCAACAAUGGCAUGGUGAGACUGCUCAGGCGUAGGUGCCAGCAGACGCAGCAGCAGAUCAACACAAGACAGCAGCUUGCGCAGCAGCUCAACCAGCCAGACCCAGGCAGGCUGAACGAUGAAGGUGCAGCCAAGGACCAGCAGCAGGCCCUUCUCGCAGACCUGCACGCGAUAGCAGAGGGCGCCCUUGUGGACCCAGGGACGAUCAGCAGGGUAGCAGAGGAGGUAAAGAGCAUGGCCAAGCUGCUUACAAAGGCGGUGAAGAAGGCGUACAUCCACUGGGUGCACGACGCCACGGCAGGCAGUGCGAAGAUGGCCCACGCCUACACCAAAGCAGCGGAGCGCAGCCAUCUGGAGGACAUCCUAGAGCACGAGGGCCAGGUCAUCAACCACCCGCAGCAGCUGGUGGACUUGCGCAAAGAAGCAUGGCAACGCAGGUGGACACGAGAUGCGCAGAAGGCCGAGAGGAUCCAAGAGGCGCUGGCCAAGCUGAGGCAGGCUGCCCUGGCCCAAGCGAAUGCCCUCGAGCCCAUCAGCAAGGACAUCAUAGGCUCCAUCAUCCAGCACCUGAAGAGCAAUGCAGGCCAAGGAGCGGACUGGUGGAGGGCUCCAGAGCUCAAGGCCAUGGGAGCCCAGGGGCUGGAAGAUUUCGUGCAGUGCCUGAACAGCUGUGAGCAACGGGCAGCCUGGCCGUGGCAAUUCUACCUGGUGCUGGAGCUGCUGCUGGGUAAGAAGCCAGGAAUCGGAGGAGAGCGCCCCAUCGGCCUCAUGCCCAUGCCGUACCGCAUCUGGAGCGCAGCCAGGAGGCCCAUAGUAGCCACCUGGAGCAAGGCAGCGGCGGGCUUCUGGGAUUCGGCAGUAGCUGGCUCCUCAGCGCUACGAGUAGCAAUGCACAGACUUAUGAGGGCAGAAGCCGCCACGGAGAUGGGCUUUCAUGCAGCAGGAGUGUUCUACGACGCGGCAAACUUCUACGACAACAUAGGCCUCGACCAGCUGAUCGAGAAGGCCAGUGCCCUCCAGUACCCGUUGCUGUCGCUGGCAAUGGCCGUGCAGAUGUACCUUGCGCCCAGAGCCAUCAUGGCCCACCGCCUUUUCUCUGACAUCUUUGAGCCUGCCAACAGCAUGGUAGCAGGCUGUGGCCGAGCGGUAGACCUCACCAGACCGCUCUUGUAUGGAAUCCUGGAUGCAGCGCACAGGCACCACAUUUUCGUCGUCAUGCAGCAGUACCUGGACGACUUGGCCCUGCAGGUAGAGGGCGCGCGGCGGCCGGUCAUUGACCAGAUCAAGCACGUGGCGGCGCUGGUGCACGAUGGUUUCAAGCAGCUCGCGAUCCCCAUCUCUGUCAAGACGGCAGUGGUGGCCUCGGACAAGGACCUCCAGGCAGAAGUCGCCAGCAUCCUGGACAGCCUGGGCACCCCCAACAAGCAACCAGGGGUAGUGCGCGACCUCGGCGUGGACACCAGCCUUGGAAAGCAGCUGCGGCGACCCACCCAUGCCGCGCGCCAGGCCAAGGCCAAGCAGAGGGUGGCCAAGCUCAGGGACCUGGCGAAGACGGACGCCAGAGGCGCGGCAAAGGUCUAUGCAGCAGGUGCUUACUGCCAGCAGGCUUGGGACUUACCAGCGCAUGGCAUCACGCCCACGGAGGCGAAGUUGGUCAGGGCAACGGAGGCAGCGCUCCUCACAGGCGGACACAAGGCAGGACGCUGCACGUCCACCAUCCUCCUGAUCCAGAGGGGUAUGCAAGAGGCAGUCACCCGAGCCAUCGGCGACCAGAUCAAGCAGUUCUGGCUCACCGUAGUCGACCACCCGACGGAGCUCAAGAGGUAUCAGAGGGGCUGGCUCCUGCUCUACGCCAAGCUGGGCGCCCUGGAACCCAACCGCAGGUGGCAGCAGGCUGGAGGCGACCUCUAUCAGCUGCAGCGCCACCUGAGAAGAAGGAGGCGUAAAGGACAGCAUGCAGAGGCAGCCAUGCUGGAUACCAUAGCGGUGGCGGGCAUCUGGACCAGGGAGCGUCGCAGGGCGGCCAACCUCAACCAAGAAGGCGAUGACACCUGCGCGAGAUGCGGCGAGGCGAUAGAGACAGAGGAACACCGCUACUAUGCAUGCCCUGCCAACGCAGAGAUAGGGCACAGCAAUGACACCGACUUGGCGAAGAAGGCGAAGGACGCGCUGGACCAGCGGCAGGACCUGCAUUUCUGGCUCCGAGGCAUCCCGCCAGCGGCCUGGGCAGCCAAGGUCGACCCAGACGAGGACGCGGCGAAGGCGGCGCAGAUCUUCUGCACCAGCGAAGAGGCACAAGCUGCAGCCCAGUCAGGGCACAAGGAAGUGGUUGCCUGGUGCGGCACAACCAGGGCACCGCACACGGUGCCACGGGCAGAGCUCACCGCCAUGAGCAAAGCCAUCGGGUACACCACGGCGGCGACAGCCAGGGGGCUCAACAUAGUCAGCGAUUGCAAAUACGCCCUGGACGCACUCAAGCAGAUCCAGGACCCUGAGGAUCUGGACUACAGGAGCACGAACUACGACCUCUGGCUCCAGACGAAGCAGCAGCUACAUAAUAGCACGGACACCAUCAUGGGCCACUACAUCCCGAGCCACCUGAUUGAGCACCCAACCGAGCUGGAGAGGUGGAAUGGUCCUACCUGGUGGGUCAUAGGUAACGAGAUGGCAGAUAAGUGCGCAGGCUGGGGAGCGGAGCACGGAGCACUGGAUCCAGCUAUCAUCGUGCAGCAGCAGAUCAGAGACCAGAUCACCAUGGCGGUGCAGAACCGACUGCUGGCCAUCAACAUGGCGGUGACGGUGGAGGACCCCAACAAGGCCCCUCAGCGUCCCAAGGCCAAGCGGCGAAAGCCGCAGACGGCGAGGGACAGGGCAGCCCAGCAGGGGCACGACCUGCGAAAACUACAUCCGCGAUGGUGGUGUGCUACGUGCCGCAGUGGCCCAGCCAAAGGACAAAGCAUAAGAGACUGGUUGGCAGAGGCGGGAAAAUGCCUCGGGAAGUACGGCGGCCACCAGGACCAGCACGGCAACGUCAGGCUCGACUUCAAGGCGGUGCAGAUCGGCACGCAGGUGGUGCACGGCUCCCACAAGACGCAGUACACCCAUGGCUGGCUCUGGUGCGAGAAAUGUGGCGGCACCAGCUACAUCGGGGACCACAAGAGCAGGAUCGCGGCAGGAGUGGCAAGGAAGCUGGCAAGGCCAUGUCAGCCCCCAACAGCAGCAGGGCGGCGAGUCUUGGAGGACAUGCAGAGGGGCAAGCUGCCUAGAGGAGCUAAGCCAGCAGCAGACCCAGCUGAUGAGGGUCUCGACGAGAUCACCAUGCCAGGUGACUUCAAGCUCGGCCUGAGUAACCACGAGGUGAUCGAUCUGGACGGGGACAGCUCAGAGGCAGGGGGCCCGCAGCCAGCUCCGCAGCAGCCACCCAGCCAUCCGGACUCUGUCGUCCACGCCAGCUUGAGGCUCGUCGACCACAUGGAGGGCUACGCAGAGCUGUGGAUGAACAUGGUCGACCAAGAGGUCUGGGACGAUAAGGACGACUGGAUGGAGCACUGCGUGCCGUACCUCCUGGCCAUCACCAAUGUGGGUGGCAGAACGGACACGCAAGAGCAGACCAGGGCCGUCACCGUGCAGGAGAUCCAGCAGAUAAAGGACUUCUGCGAAGAAGUCUGGCGCAACACGCACCGCACGCGACGGAGGCUCAUGACCAGGAUGCUUACCCUCCCGUAUGGCACAUGGCAGCAGGCAGCUAGAGUGCACAUGGACGCCUUCCACAACAGAAGGAACAACAUCAUAGCGCACAGCACCCCCAGCAGUGAGCGCAGGCCGCUGCCGAGAACAGCGGAGGCCAGCCGAGAGUGGUCACCAGAGAACCUGGACGAUGAUGACUCGACCCCAGACAGUGAAGCCCCAGAGCUGGAGGGUGAGCCGAACAGCAGCCAGGAGAUGGAGACCAUGGCGGGACCUGAUCAGAGGCACGACGCCAACAGCCUGAUGCAGACGGCAGUGCAGGUGGCAGUAACGCUGACCAGGCCAGUGGGGCCCGACCUGAUGAAGUUCGUGAGCGAAGCUGACGAGGCCGGCUUGCUCCACCCAAGGCUUCGACACAACAAAGGAGAAGCUGACCAGGACCCCGAGCAGGAGGUGGCGUGGCUCGAGAGGAACAGGCUCGAGCAGCUCAUGCAGUCGCUGGCAGGCUGUUGGAGCCAGAAAGAGGGCGAGCUGGGCUGGCCAUCGUGGCAGGCCGCGUGCGUGCCCCAUGUGCUGAGGGCGCUGCAGACUGGCGUCUAUCAGAGGCUUUUCAGCCACGUGUCAGGGACGAGCCGCCAGCGCAGCCAGCGCCGAGCGGCGGAGGAGAUCUGCCGCCUGGCAUGGCUCAACAGCGGAGAGGAGCGCAGACAGAUCCAGCAGCAGGACCCGAAGGAGGCAGAGCGGCGCAGAGCAACGGCUGAGCAGAUCCUGGGCGUGACUGAGCCAGAGGUGAGGAGCCGCAGCCCGC